AUGGAGAGGCAAGCAAAUACGCAGGGCUACGGGGCCUGUUGCAACGAGAUGGAUAUCUGGGAGGCAAACAGCGCAGCAACAGCAUUCACUCCUCACCCCUGCAACAUCACCCAGGUCUACAAGUGCAGCGGCUCGACCUGCGGGAAUACGAAUCGUUAUGCUGGCGUCUGCGACAAAGACGGCUGCGACUACAACCCGUACCGACUGGGGGCACUGUCUUACUACCAGCCGAAUGCCACGGUCGACACUAACCGUACCUUCACCGUAGUCACGCAAUUCCUCACUACGACAGGCAACUCCACAGGCGAUCUGCGCGAGAUUCGCCGCCUGUAUGUCCAGGACGGCAAAAUCAUCGAGAACGCGCUUGUCCAGGUCCAGGGCAUCGACAAGGGCAACUCAAUCACGGAUGAGUUCUGCGCACAGGAGAAAAAGACAUUCGAUGGAGUUAAUGCGUUUGCGACUCAGGGCGGGAUGAAGGGCAUGGGCGAUGCUUUGAAACGAGGCAUGGUGCUGGUGUCCAGCGUCUGGGACGACGCGGGCAGCUCGAUGAAGUGGCUUGACAGCACAUAUCCCGAGGGAUCAGACCCGACAAAAGAGCCAGGCACCGGUAGGGGACCGUGUCCGGCCACGGGAGGCUCGGCGGAUGAUCUCCUCGCGAACGCCCCGUGGACGCAGGUCAAGUUCUCCAACAUCAAGACUGGGGAGAUCGGCUCGACUUUCAAGGGCAAGAAAUAA